AUGAAAUCGGAUAGUCGCGUUGUUGAACGUUUGAUUAAACAUGGUUUGAAAGUGAUUUUUCCGAACGAGGAAGAGAUUGUACAAUUGAAUGAAAUUAUCAUGAAGGAAUUAUCAUUCAAUAUAUUCACGGAAGAAUCAAAACAAACAUUUUUAAAAGUAAUUCAACGUUUGAGCGAUGAACAGAAUGUCGAAGGCAUUGUACUCGGUUGUACUGAAAUACCCUUACUUGUCAAACAAAGCGACAUACCACAUAUUCCUCUUUUUGAUUCGACACAACUUCAUGCACAGCUAGCAGUGGACUAUCAGCUUGGACGACAAAAUAUCGAAGCAUUUUUACCAUAA